AUGGAGUUUGGUUCGAAGGUUCUAGAGCUGCAGCUGAUGGGUCUCCAGGUGUCUGAGGAGGUGUGUCCUCCUGUUCUGGCCUCCAUCCUGCUGAACUCCACUCGUUUGUUCUGCUGUGACCUGAGAGGAGUGAACCUGUUGCUCCCCUCCUUCAUCUCAGUUCUGGAGAAUGUGCUGCUCGACAAAGAGCUGCUGAGGUUCAAAAGAUUAGUGAGUCUGGUGGAUUUAAGGCGAGCGUCCAUCCUCAUCCUGCUGUCCCUGCUGCCCCUCCCUCUGCAGUUUGGAUCCCUCCAAUCAGAGGUCUUACUAGAUGGAAGGUUCAGUCCUGAUGGUGUCAGAACAGGUAGCUUUCUGUCUCUGAAGCCCCGCCUCCUCAGUGUUCUGAUUGGAGCUCUGCAGAUGGAGACAAACAUGUCCAACACACAGCUCCUCCUGGCGGCGAUGCUGAAUGUGGUUCAGGACUCAGCUCUGUUUGAGGCUGCAGGACAAACCCAGCAGGAACCUGAGUCCAAGCAUGGUGGAGCCAGACCCAGACGGACUGGGGGAACCAGUGGGACCAGUGGAACCAGUGGGAGCAGACGCACCAGAGGACCAGCUGUCCAAUCAGAUGCAGCGGCAGUUCUGUGGGUUCAGUUUGUGCGGUGCCUGACUCAGCAUCUGACGUCUCAGUGGAGGAAUGACUCAGCAGUUUGUCUGUCGGCACUGGAAGUACUGGGAGGACUGGCCAAGGUGCAGGUUCAGGUGGAGGAGGUGGAGAGGAGGCGAGCUGUCAGCUCCGUCUGUACCUACAUCGUGUUUCAGUGCAGUCGUCCUCCUCAGCUUCACUCCAGAGAUCUGCACUCCAUCAUCGUUGCCGCUUUCUACUGUCUGAAUGUCUGGUUAACCCAACACCCCGCCCUGCUGGACCACCAGGAGUGUCUGUUGGAGGUCCUGGAGAUUGUGGAAUUAGGGAUUUCCGGCAGUAAGUCCCGAGAGGAACAGGAAGUGAGGCGUAAAGAGGAGAAGGACCUGAACCCGGCGUCUCUGAGGGUGAAGGAAGCGGCUGAGGCCACGCUGAGCUGUGUUAUGCAGAUUUCUGAGGCGUUCCCGUUUGUUGGUGGGUCACUGAGUGAAGACGCUCUGAUUGGCUGCUCUGGUUUAAGUGACAGCAGCCUGAAGAAGUUCAGAUAUUUUGUGGUUGAAAGCUCCAUCAUUCUGGCCAUGUUGGAACAAGGACUAGGACCUGAGCAGGCUCCAUAUCCGUCGCUCACAGUAUUGAUCAGAGGACCGUCAGGACGUCACACCUGGACUCUACAGCUCCAUCUGCAGCCCAGAGAGGGACGAGCACAGACACAGCAAACUCUGAUCCCAGAACAGUGUCGGGGAACCCAGGAGGACACUGGGAUACGAAGUCCUGUCAAACAUCAGCUGUUUCCUGAAAACAUGGACAGAGUUCCUCCAGUUAGAGCAGACCGGAGCAUUCCAGAUCUGCACGAGACCGCAACAGAGCAGGUGCAGCAGCAGCUGGAGCGUCUGCGAGCAGCGUUGAGGAGGCAGCAGCAGAUUGAGGCUCGGCCAAUAGUCAGUGGCCAUUCGGACGUCAUGACAACCUGCAGACCACCGCCCCUAGCGACCCGGUUCCAGACAGCAAGACUCUUCCUGUCCCACCUGGGCCUCCUGACACCUGACAGUGUGAAGGACCCAGGUAUCAGCGGUGUCCCCGCCCACCUCGUCUCUCUGGACUCGUCUCUUCCUGGUUUCUCUGAGAGUCUGAGACGAUUGGAUGAACUGCCGUCCAGAAACUGUGACUCCGCCUUCAUCUUCUACAUGAGAGCAGGACAGAAGACAGCUGCUGAGGUCCUGAGGAACGUGGAGUCUCACUGCAGCGUCCAGUCUCACUUCCUGGACCUGCUGUCAUCUCUCGGUUGGCCGUUGGAGGUGGGGCAGCAGCAUGGGGGCGGGGCUAACAGCAGCCACUCAGAGUUCCGUGCCGUGCUGGGGGACAGCGGAGGAGGCGUGUUCGAUGGACAGAGGUUUGUCCUGAUGUUUGCCGAUGCCCUGACAGAGAUCACCUUAAUCGUCCCGUCGCCGUCACACAAAGCAUUCGAUUGGUCGAGGACUUCAGAGGAGGUGGAGACACUGAAUGAGUCACCGUCUGACCUGCAAAGUCACCCUGACUCUGCCCCCAACUCCACCACUUGUCCCGUUGAAGACAUGAAGUUGGGUUCUCCGGUUUUUGGUUCCUGUCAGCUGAUGAUCGUUUGGGUGGAACGCUUUGAGAACGUCGAGAAUUUCCCCCUGAAGGAGCUGCUGUCAGAGACCAGGACCCAGACCAGGACCAAGGCAGAGUCCAGUCCAUCAAACGUCCAGCUGGUCUUCAUCCAUCCUCUGAGAACUGGACUCUACUCAGUCUGUCUCCAUGGAAACGGCUCCAGCAAGUUCAGCCUGGCCGUCCCAUUGGUCAGCGGAAGUUUAGUCAGCAUGAGGUCACUGGGUUUCCUGAUCAGAGAGAUGGCCAUCAAUGGUUGCCAUAGGAGACGGCUGGACAGUGACUCCACCCACCCACCUCACAUCAGACGGAAACACGCCAUCAGUGACAUCAUCCAUUGGUUCCGGGGCCGCCGCUCUGAGCCCGCCUUCUACUCCGCCCUGUUCCAGGACCUCUGAGCUGUUGCCAUGGAAACCCUUUUGUUUUUACUUGCUGUGUUUAAAAUGUGUGGUAAACCGGCCAAUCAGAACAAGGUAUACGGCUGUUACAGGUGACUGUGAUUGAUGACGUCACCUGGCUGGUGAUGCAUAAUAAAAGUGUCAAAGGUC